AUGAUGCGUAUGCUUGCCCUAGGCGCCGUCGCAUGGCUGUUUUAUCCCAUUUUCGUGUGCUCCGUUGGCCCUAUGGGCGGCGUGAAGAACGAUGCAAUCACUAGGAUCGUGGUCCCGGCGCACGCCCAGCAGGUUCUGCCGAUGAACGGGAAGUUUUCCCCGCUGCACAGCCUGACGAAAUACGUGUCCAUCGAUGGCGACCACAGGUUCACCUUCGAGCAGAUGCUGUCGGACGCCGAGCUUGUUCACGCUAAGCUGGCGCCCAUUAUGCGUUCGUUGUACUUCCGUAUUUUCAGGGUAAACCUCGACUCACCGUGCCCUCUGCGGGAGCGUAACGACAUCUGCUCCCACGGCAACGACGGCGUCGCGGAUUUUGAAAAUGACGCCAAUGGUCCCCUGGAGAGCGGUGAAUGCAUUCCCAAGUGCUACGUCGGCCGCUGCCAACCACACGAGGUGUCCAGCAGCUCCACGCUGCAGACCCUGGAGCACUUCGUCCUGAGGUACUCCGAGGACGACAAGUUCGCGGAACUAGAUUUGAAAGACCUGUACGCCAACAACCACUGGUACACCGAUAUUCUGGGCAUACACUCUCAGCGCGAGGAUAAGCCCGUGUAUGUGGACCUGCUGCACAACCCCCCAUCGCAUACUGGGUACCGUGGGGGAGACGACUGGAACCAAAUAUACGACCUGCAGUGCGAUUGCGGCGACGAGGUCCCCUGCGACCAGACCGAGCACCUGUUCCGUCUCAUUUCCGGGAUGCAGUCGUCGGUGGCCGCGUGGGCCGCCUGGAACUACAAGUGCGUCAACCCCGUGGCGGCCUUCCAGCUGAAGAGCGAGCUGCCGCGCUACGUGAGCAACCCGGACUUGUACGCGAAGAUGCUUGGAAACUAUCCCGACAGGAUGGAGAACAUGUACUACGCUUUCCAAGCGCUUCUGAAGACGGUCUGCAGGCUGUCGCCAUUCCUCACCGGCUUCGCCAACAACCUCGGUCAGCACCCUGAGCACGGGUAUUUGAAGCAACACCUCAUGGAGUUCCUGAGCGCCGAGUACGACCUCUGCAGCGACGUCGAGCCCGCAUACAGCCCGCACCCGCGUGAGGUCUGCGAACCGACGCACACGUGCGUGUCGUCGCCCCAGCUGAAGCACCCGGUGCUUCUGCAGAAGUUCAAGGGCAUUGCUGACAUCGUGGACUGUGUGGGCUGCGAAAAGUGCCGCCUGCACGGCAAGCUGAAGCUGGCUGCUCUGCAGAUCGCGGUGCGGGCGUUCGGCCAGGCUGAGCAGCUGGUGUUGGAGCGGAACGAGAUAGUCGCGCUCCUGCACGCCCUCGACUACUUCGCGCAGUCGAUCAUCAUCGUGCACAAGUUCGACGAGCAACAGAAACGGCAGAUGGUGCUGUACCCGCUGAGGGCGGUUGCGGCGCUGCUGCUGGUGAUAGUGGUUGCGUAUCGCAAAGAGCUCCGUAGAGCGUUCUGCCAAUGCUCUGCGGAACCAGAGAACCGUGAGGCAGAGGCUACUAACUAA